AUGGUUUUAACCUGAUUUCAGGAUCCUGGACCACCACCACCUUCGCCGUUGAUGGGUUUGAAGCCAUUGCAGUUACUAGAGAUCAAAGCUAGGGGAAGAUUUGGAUGCGUAUGGAAAGCUCAACUACUAAAUGAGUAUGUUGCCGUCAAAAUAUUCCCUAUUCAGGACAAACAGUCAUGGCAGAACGAAUACGAAAUUUACAGUUUACCUGGAAUGAAGCAUGACAAUAUUUUGCAGUUCAUUGGUGCAGAGAAGCGAGGCACUAGCAUUGAUGUCGAUCUCUGGUUAAUUACAGCAUUUCAUGAAAAGGGUUCGUUAACAGACUUUCUCAAGGCUAAUGUGGUCUCUUGGAAUGAGCUAUGUCACAUCGCUCAAACUAUGGCUCGAGGCUUGGCUUAUCUUCAUGAGGAUAUACCAGGGCUAAAAGAUGGACAUAAACCUGCCAUCUCACAUAGGGACAUCAAAAGCAAGAAUGUGCUGCUGAAAAAUAAUCUUACAGCUUGUAUUGCUGAUUUUGGUCUAGCUUUAAAGUUUGAGGCUGGAAAGUCUGCAGGGGAUACACAUGGACAGGUUGGUACACGACGGUAUAUGGCUCCCGAGGUACUAGAAGGUGCUAUAAACUUCCAAAGGGAUGCGUUCUUGAGAAUAGAUAUGUAUGCCAUGGGAUUAGUCCUCUGGGAAUUGGCAUCACGCUGUACUGCCUCAGAUGGCCCAGUAGAUGAGUACAUGUUGCCAUUCGAAGAAGAAAUUGGCCAGCAUCCCUCCCUUGAAGACAUGCAAGAAGUCGUAGUUCAUAAAAAGAAGAGACCUAUUCUAAGAGAGUGUUGGCAAAAACAUUCUGGCAUGGCGAUGCUUUGUGAAACAAUAGAGGAAUGCUGGGAUCACGAUGCAGAAGCCAGGUUGUCGGCGGGUUGCGUAGAAGAACGGAUUAUUCAGAUGCAAAAACUAACUAACAUUAUAACAACAGAGGACAUCGUGACUGUGGUCACAAUGGUGACAAACGUUGACUUUCCUCCCAAAGAAUCCAGUCUAUGAUAGUUGCACUGGUCACGCCACUGACCGCCGGGACUCUUCACUGGAGCUGCUAAAGCUAACGGGACUGCGUCCGUCAUUGCUGUUUUCUGUGUGAAAAGAAUGGUAAGUCUCGCUGGACCAUCGUCGAGAGGUGUGGGUUGGUUUUUUUUUUUUCCUUUAUUUUUUCCCCGUCCUCCUCCCAAACGUGGAUCCGUGAGACUUUUUGCAUUCCCUGCUUACACCUGAAGGACAUGUGAGAAACGAUAACACGCUGUUAAGGAACUUAAAUGAAGAAUAUGGACCUGUACUGGCUAAUCGAGCGUUUUAAAAACUGACAUCAGAUUUCUUAAUACCUGUCAGAAGAGACUAAUUCCUUAAACGAACUACUGUUAUUUUUUUUAAAUCCAACAUUU